AAGGGGAGUGGAGAGGAGUGGCGCGAGUACGAUGGCGAUGACGAGAGGUCGUAGCGCCCUCCUGAACGUGGAAACACUGGUGGUCCUGACUGUUGUUGUCGCUACAACCCUAGACUUUGGGGCCAGGGCAUCACCUUCCCACAGAAGUAGACACCAUGCUGAUCUAUCCCACGAGGAGAUAAGUCAGCAGAGUCCACAGAGCCAACAGCACCAGCAGCAGCAGCACCAGCAGCAGCAGCACCAGCAGCAGCAACACCAGCAACAGCAGCAACAAUCGAAGAAGUCCCACGUGAUGGAGGAGCCACUGCCCCACGCUGAGGCCCAGAGCAGUUCAGAUGAUCCACUCAUUAUUCAAACGAGAAAGGGACGUGUACGGGGUGUUACCCAGAUAGCACCUAGUGGCAAGGCAGUUGAUGCCUUCUACAGUAUACCAUAUGCCCAAAAACCCAUAGGUCGUCUCAGAUUUCGUCAUCCUCGCUCUGUCGACAAAUGGGAUGGCAUUCUCAAUGCCACCACAUUACCCAACAGUUGUGUCCAGAUAUAUGACGAGGUCUUCGGGGAUUUCUCUGGGGCUACCAUGUGGAAUCCCAACACUGAACUCAGCGAGGACUGCCUCUAUGUAAAUGUCGUUGUACCUCGCCCCAGGCCAAGCAAUGCUGCUGUCAUGGUGUGGAUCUUUGGGGGUGGAUUUUAUUCUGGCUCGGCUACUCUCGACGUUUACGACGCGAAAACCCUCGUCUCGGAGGAGAACAUCAUCCUCGUGUCGAUGCAGUACAGGGUAGCUAGCCUGGGGUUCCUUUAUUUCGGCACAUCAGAUGUGCCGGGCAAUGCUGGACUCUUUGACCAGACGAUGGCCCUACAGUGGGUCAGGGACAACAUAGCAGCAUUCGGGGGCAAUCCCGAGAAUGUCACGCUCUUCGGUGAAAGUGCUGGAGCCGUCUCCGUGUCCAUGCAUCUGCUGUCACCAUUAUCUAGAAAUUUAUUCAAUCAAGCAAUAAUGCAGUCGGGUUCUCCAACUGCCCCAUGGGCGAUAAUAUCCCGCGAAGAAUCAAUAGUCCGCGGACUGCGACUGGCUGAAGCAGUGGAUUGUCCGCACGAUCGAAAUGAUCUCCAGAAAGUGAUUGAUUGUCUGAUGGAAACAGAUCCACUGGCACUGGUGAACAAUGAGUGGGGUACCCUCGGUAUCUGUGAAUUCCCAUUUGUUCCAGUAAUCGAUGGAUCUUUCCUUGACGAAACACCAGGCCAAUCCCUGGCAACGUCGUCUUUCAAAAAAGCCAAUAUCCUCAUGGGCUCCAACACCGAGGAGGGCUUCUACUUCAUAAUUUACUAUUUGACAGAACUAUUUCGCAUUGACGGUACGGAGGAUGUUAAAGUGUCACGCGAAGAGUUCAUUAAAGCUGUAGCCGAACUAAAUCCAUACGUGAAUCAGUUCGGAAGACACGCCAUUACUUACGAAUAUACUAAUUGGCUGCAUCCCGAUGAUCCUGAUGCUAAUCGUGAUGCACUCGACAAAAUUGUUGGUGAUUAUCAGUUUACGUGUAACGUUAAUGAAUUUGCGGGACGUUAUGCUGAGACUGGUAAUACAGUGUAUAUGUAUUACUACAAGCACAGAUCAUUGCAUAAUCCGUGGCCGAGGUGGACUGGUGUGAUGCACGCUGAUGAGAUAAGUUAUAUAUUUGGUGAACCACUCGACAGUACUAAAAAGUACACCAAGGAGGAGGUGCACCUCUCCAAGAGGAUGAUGCGUUACUGGGCCAAUUUCGCCAAGACCGGGGAUCCGAAUAUGGGAGACGACGGCUCGUGGACGGAGGCCUUCUGGCCCCGUCAUACCUUCAAGGAUAAAGAGUACCUGACACUCGACACAAACACGUCAGACGUCGGCUAUGGCAUCCGAACGCGCCAAUGUGCAUUCUGGAAGAAAUAUCUGCCACAACUUCUCGCUGCAACCUCAAAAUUGGAGAUGUCCUCAAAGGAAACAUGCGGCAGUGGGAGCCACAGCCUCCAUCACACCCUGAUACUCACUCUGGCAUUAAUCAGUAUCUUAAUAAACACGGGAGUACUCAGCAACGGGUUGCCAUCAUCCAGAAGCAUCCUCGUCUAGUCAACGAGCAACAACACACAAGUAUCUUCCUAUUCACUGAAUUCACUUUCAACUUUUCAUUUACCUGGGGCUUUCCUCCAUUCGUUUAGUGAAAAUUAUUCGGGGAAGCACGCAGGCCUCAGUCCCCCAAUAAUUGAUAAUUAAUCGUUGGGUUCGGAGGAGGGCCUUUUAUCACCAAAAAUUAUUUUACCAACAAUAAAACUAAAAAUAUAGUACGAAACAAUGGCAGACAUAUCAAGCUGGCGCGCGCGCUCCAGGGUUUUACCAGGGAUGAUCGAGCGACGAUGGCUCAAUGUUCCCCAAGGGACUCACUUCCUAGAGCUGCCCUUCGGGAAGAGCAACGAGACCCUUGGGCGUAUCAACCCCAUUUUCUAACCACUCUUUUACCCUUUUUACUUCUCCCAGUUCGCUCUUCUGGCAGCAAAUGCCGAACAAUUGGUGAAUUAAGGACAUCGCGCAACGAGAAAGAAUUCUCAUUCCAAGUAAAUGCUAUUGUCCUUAAAAUUAUGUCCUUAUAUAUCAUUUGUUCCUGGGGAAAUCCAGUCCUUUUUUUUAAAUUAUUACGUUCAGAAAGGAAAAUAGUAGCCAAAUGACACCAAUUAUUACUCAACCCUUUUUAUUUAUGUUAAUUUGCAAAUUGCGACAAAUCAUGGUUUGAUUACUAUUGUUUGUUACAAUUGUAAUUCACGUGGUGAUUUAUCCGGGUAUUUUUUAGUGCUGCAUUCAGUUUUAUUGUUUGACUUUUUAUUACGUUCGCUUGACGUUGGGUAGAAGUAAUAAAAAACUUGUUGAUGGUUUUGCUCAGUGGAAGAGGUAAAAAUUGAUUUGCCAGUGGCUCGUAGAAGUGCAGUGUCUGUCUCACUGAGCUAUCCACAACUGAAAAAGUUUGUUUUUAGUAUUGAAACAUGUCUUUCUGCCAUCGUCGCACGAUUUCCCGGCUAAUCCCACCCCCGUUGCAGUUGAAAUUGGGACAAAACCGUAUUACCCAGUGCUAAAACGAACUGAAAUUAAAGUCGUUGGAUGAGAAAAAAAAAUUAAUCUCCGAGGAAUUUGCGUGCUGUGAAAUCCCGUGCAAAAUCAAAUUCUGAGUUUUCAUCAAAUCAGCGAGAGCUAAAAAAAAAAAACUCAGUGAAAUAAAAAUAGAGGAGGAAAAUUCCUUUUUUUUCCCUCCACUGUCAUCAGUUAAUUCGUUUUUGCGCUGGGGUUGAAGCGGUUCUUUCUCUCGGUUUUUUCUCCCUGCAAUCGUUCGAGCGUCAGACAAAAAAAAAUAUAUAAAAAGUACUCUAGCAUGAGUGAGAAAAGGAGCGAACGAGAGGUGUGUUAGAGCGAGUCGAAGAAAUAGCACGUGUAUGCAUCCACCCUGCGGCUAGACGAGACAACCGCAUAGUACCAAAGCACUAUAAACAAAAAAAGAAUAAAUCUAGCGAGAGGAAAGAAUGAGAGAAACAACAAAGAGUGGAUGAGACACAAAAACUCAAAAUGAUGGACAAAAAGAUGAAUAUUCUAGUGUAAGAGUGCGAGAGAGUGAUUCCGAGCGAAAUUGGUGAACAAAAAUUAUCUGGCGAACAAAAGAGGACAAUUGAGUGAACAUGAGUAACAGGUAAAAAUAUGAAGUAAUUACCUAAAUGAAUUUCAUUACUAAAACGAGAGCCUACUAGUAAGCUUUAUACUAUUUAUAUAUAAAAAAAAAACAAAACAAAUUGAUCAUUAAUGGGUACAUAGAGUGAUACAAAAGAACAAUUUAAAUAAAUUAUAAAUAUCAAUGAUGAUAAUGGUAAUUGUAAUGAUAAACAACGAUAAUAAUGAUAUGAACGGUAAUCAAGAGUUUAAGAAAACAAAUUCAUGACUAUGAAAAAAUUUAUUAUUUCUUAUAACAAUAAAAAAAUAAUGCAUUAAACGAAAACUAUCAACUUAGUUGCCUCUCAUGUUCGUUUUACACUGAACCCAAAUGAUUGCAACAAAAAUCGUCAUUUAAUUCUAUAUUUCUCGAGUCGAUUAAUUAAUGAACACAUCGACGUGAUCAAUGAUCGGAGGAAUCCCAUUUUUUUUUUCUCGCGCCUAAUAUGCGAAUAAAUUACUACACCUGGAAGAAUGAAAGUGUGAGUGAUAAAUGUUUCUAGACGCAAAAAUUUAUAAAUUUAAAUAAAAACGUGGACUACUCCAACGCACUUAUAGACGUUUAUAAAAUCGUGACAGUUUCGCGCUGCCUUAAAUUAUCAAACAAACCUGAGAGAAUAUUUAUUACCCGAUACUAUAAUUAAAGGUAAUAAACACCAUGAGAAAUAACUGACCCAACUUUUCCACGAUUCACGUAUCACCCGAGUACUGAAUGAUAAAUAUCUCCGGAUCUACCGAAAAUAUCAAAAUUUUUAUGAAAUCCUUUUUUGCGCAUCUCAAUAAUCCCCACAAAAAAGAUUCCUACAAAAAUUUCAAUAUCACCCCUAAAUCCCGAGAUAUCCCCCUCCAAACUGACUAAAUCAAUAAAUAAACAUAUCUUGCACUUGCUGUUGUCGUUGCAACUAUUACAAUGAUCAUUAUCCCACGAAAUUGUUGUUAAAAUCAGAAAGUCGCUGAAUUUCCCCGAAGAUCUAGGAAAUGAAAGAAAAACCAGGAAAAAUUAAACGACUCGUCUAUAAAAUUCCGUUCAAUCUCAUUUUUUCUCGUGCAAAGAGAAAAAUGUCGUCGAAUUGAAUCUAGCAAUGAUCUCCACCUCCUAGGGAUAUCUCCCCCUGGCACCGAGAAAAAAAAAAAUUAAUAAAACCCCAGAGGUAUCAUUUUAUCACGCGUUGAAUCCACGAAGAACUCUAGCAAAAAAAAAA